UUGGGAUUAAAAUGGAGGGAGAAGUAGAAGAAUCCUCCACAAAUGAAAAGAAGGGAAAAUUCAAAAGAAUAUGUGUCUUCUGUGGAAGCAGAGCUGGAUAUAAGUCUGCAUUCAGUGAUGCUGCUCUUGAGCUUGGUAAACAGCUGGUUGAGAGAAAGAUUGAUUUGGUUUAUGGUGGAGGGAGUAUAGGCCUAAUGGGCUUGGUGUCUAGGACUGUGUUUGAUGGAGGCUGCCAUGUUCUUGGAGUCAUUCCAAAAGCUCUUUUGCCUCAUGAGAUUUCAGGAGAGACCAUUGGAGAAGUGAAAACAGUUGCAGAUAUGCACCAAAGAAAAUCAGAAAUGGAAAAACAUGCUGAUGCAUUCAUUGCUCUUCCUGGUGGUUAUGGAACUAUGGAAGAAUUGUUGGAGAUGAUAACAUGGUCUCAGCUAGGAAUUCAUGAAAAACCAGUGGGAUUGUUGAAUGUAGAUGGAUACUACAACAGCUUACUUGCCUUGUUUGAUAAAGGAGUUGAUGAAGGCUUCAUAGACCAUUCUGCAAGGCAUAUUGUGGUUAUAGCAAAUACACCAGAAGAUCUUAUCAGAAAGAUGGAGGAGUAUGCACCUGUACAUGACAAGGUUGCACCCAGACAAAGCUGGGAAGUGGACCAAUUAUUAGAGUCUACACAAUGUGGGGAAGCCCUAAAAUCUUAGAUCUUAAUCAUCCACAUUUUUAUUUUUAUAUUUUUAUAUAUAAUACAUAAUAUAAGUACACUUGUAUGUUGUGUAGUUCCAUGCUAAUAAAAAAAAAAGACAACAAAUGAUAAUAAAAUCUCUCUCUCUCUCUCAUUGUGGGGUAAUCUCCCAAGAUUC